AUGAAAUUCGUUCUAAGCCUCUCUAUGCUAGCCACCUUGCCAAUCCUUGCGAUUGCUGUGCCGUUGGAACGAUCAUCCGAAGCUAUCUCUCAAGAUGUCGGAAAGCGUCAAGCUGCUUGCGGAGGAUCGGUGAGUGUUGCCUUCUCUAGUGAUCUUGCACAAUAG